UGUCACGUAACAGACAGCUUCCCACGGCCAACCAGGCUGGCGCAGCCGCGCGUACUACGCGGCAUCUGGGCACGCCGAAGCAUUGGCUCCUCUCUGGGGAGUGGAAGGGGCUCAGUUAUUAAUGACCGCUGAGCAGGCAGCACCAUGUCAGUGUGACAACCGAGCGGGUGAACGAUGCACCACUAACCACCAUGGAAACAAGGAGAAAUAAGAAGAGCUAGCGAGCAUCUCUCUCCCCCCUCUCCGCCCCUCUCUCCACUGGAUUGCGAGCCUCCGCCAGCCAGGCAGCAACAGCGCUCUGGCAAAUGUAAGGGAUCUCAGCUGGCAGCACAGAGAGUCUCUCAUGCUGUAGGAUAUCAAUAGAUACAUCUUUGUAUUAUAUACCGCUAGGCACCCGCACGCACACCGCCUCACACACACACAUACGUGUAUGCACAUCUCUUCAGACUCUGGCUUUAAUACAAGCAUGUGGCUACCUGAACUAAGGAAUCAAAAUUACCGAGAUGCAAGAACUCCUCCAGCUCUGAAACUACUCUUAUUAUAGGGUCAUCCUGUCAUUCCUGCAAACACUAAUCAAUCAUGGGAUUUGAAGUUAAUACUACUAAAUAAAUGAAUUGCUUAAUCUCCUAUGACCACCUAUACAUACUUCAUCUUCACAAAGCUUAUCAAUUUUAUGUCAUCAAGGACAGAGUGACCUUCAUUUCCACAAAAUGCCUCUUACUACUGGACAAGUUGAUUACAAAUUUAUCACUUAUCCUCAGGAAGAAAGUCCUUCGCGACCAUCAUCUGACAAAUGCAAGUGUGUGUAUUAUCAAUUGACCAGGUCGUGCUGAAUUCCAAAACCAUAAUUGUGGAAUACUAAAGGGUCUGCUACUUUUCUGAACAUUUGAGCUAAGAUGAAGGACAUGCAACUCAAAAUUAAUUUUCUACUUGGCCUAGUUAUCACUGCACUAGUACAAGCUGUAGAAAAAAAAGCAGACUGUCCAGAGUCGUGUAUAUGCGAGAUCAGACCAUGGUUCACUCCCAAGUCUGUGUAUAUGGAGGCUCCAACAGUGGAUUGUAAUGAUUUAGGCCUUUUUAAUUUUCCAGCCAGACUGCCUGCCGACACACAGGUUCUCCUUCUACAGACUAAUAAUAUUGCAAAAAUUGAACAUUCAGUAGACUUCCCAGUGAAUUUAACUGGUCUAGAUUUAUCUCAGAACAAUUUAUCCUCGGUGACCAGCAUUAAUCUUAGAAAGAUACCACAGUUGCUUUCAGUGUACCUUGAAGAAAACAAACUUACUGAACUCCCUGAAGAAUGUCUUUCUGGACUGCACAAUUUACAAGAGCUUUAUAUUAAUCAUAACCUGCUUUCUGUGAUUGCACCAGGAGCUUUCAUAGGCCUCAAUAAUCUUCUCAGACUUCAUCUCAAUUCAAAUGGUCUGCAAAUGAUUAACAGGAAGUGGUUUGAAGCUACUCCUAAUCUUGAAAUUCUCAUGAUUGGAGAAAACCCAAUAAUCAGAAUCGAAGAUAUGAACUUUAAGCCUCUUAUUAAUCUGCGCAGCCUAGUUUUAGCAGGCAUAAAUCUCACUGAAAUACCAGAUAAUGCUUUGGUUGGCCUUGACAAUUUAGAAAGCAUCUCCUUUUAUGACAACAGAUUUGUUAGAGUGCCGCACAUUGCUCUUCAAAAGGCUACAAAUCUUAAAUUUCUGGAUCUAAAUAAGAAUCCCAUUAACAGAAUACGACGAGGAGAUUUCAGCAAUAUGCUGCACCUAAAAGAGUUAGGAAUUAAUAACAUGCCUGAACUGAUUUCUAUAGAUAGUCUUGCUGUUGAUAAUUUGCCAGAUUUAAGAAAGAUAGAAGCUACCAAUAACCCCAGAUUAUCAUACAUUCAUCCAAAUGCAUUCUACAGACUUCCCAAGCUGGAAUCGCUCAUGCUCAACAGCAAUGCGCUGAGUGCCCUGUACCGCAGCACAAUAGAAUCUUUGCCUAACCUCAAAGAAGUUAGUAUACACAGCAAUCCCAUUAGAUGUGAUUGUGUCAUUCGCUGGAUUAACAUGAAUAAAACAAACAUUCGCUUCAUGGAGCCAGAGUCCCUGUUUUGUGUAGACCCUCCUGAAUUUCAAGGCCAGAAUGUGAGACAGAUACACUUCAGGGAAAUGAUGGAAAUCUGUCUCCCCCUGAUAGCUCCUGAAAGUUUUCCAUCCACUCUGGAUUUAAAAACUGGCAGCCAUAUUUCCUUACACUGCAGAGCAACAGCAGAACCAGAACCUGAAAUCUACUGGAUAACACCAUCAGGACACAAACUUUUGCCUAAUACUAUUUCUAAUAAAUACUACAUUCAUUCCGAAGGAACAUUAGACAUACGUGAUGUAACACAAAAAGAAAGUGGCUUAUACACAUGUAUAGCGACGAAUUUAGUCGGGGCAGAUCUAAAGUCUAUCAUGAUUAAAGUGGACGGCUCUUUCCCUCAGGACAGCAAUGGAUCUUUGAAUAUUAAAAUAAAAGACAUAAAAUCUAAUUCUGUUUUGGUUUCAUGGAAAGCAAGUUCUAAAAUUCUCAAGUCCAGUGUUAGAUGGACAGCCUUUCUGAAAGCUGAAAACUCUCAAGCUGCACAGAGCGCUCGAAUACCAUCUGAUAUAAAGGUAUAUAAUCUUACGCAUCUAAAUCCAUCAACUGAAUACAAAAUUUGUAUAGAUAUUCCCACUAUCUACUCACAGAAUAAGAAAAAAUGUGUCAACGUAACCACAAAAGGACUGGACUCGGCAACGAAAGACUAUGAAAAGAACAACAUAAUAGGAUUCCUUGCCUGCCUUGGUGCUCUUUUGGGAAUCAUCUCUGUGAUAUAUCUCUACAGCUCCAUCUCACGAGAGAUGAACUACGACGUUGGACACAGCUAUCUAAAGAAUUACGUGAAGAAACAAUCCUUUUCACUCAAUGAGCUUUAUCCUCCUCUAAUCAGUCUUUGGGACAUGGGCAAAGAAAAAAGCACAGCAAUGGAAGUAAAAGCAACUGUAAUAGGUGUACCAACCAAUAUGUCAUAAAUAUGUCAGUAUAUCGCUUAAUUUCUGAAAUAAAAGCACAUGACUGCAUUUGUGCUGAAUAAAAAGGCAACAAGAAGAACUAUUUCUUUUAGGAACCAGACACCUGGACUUUGCUGCUGCCGACAAAUGGGAAUAUAGACUGACUCAGCAUAAGAGAAGACUUUUAACUAACUGGCUUCUAAGGGUAUUCUGCCAACCAAAUACAAUUAACUUCAAUUUCUAGAACUUUCAUGGGACUUUUAAGUCUGGAAUACAGUGCAAGUAGCCAAGAACAUUUUCUGUAUUUUUUUUUAAUUAUUAUAUAAAAGUAGUGGAACUGAGCAAUACCUCCUCCUGUGCUGUAUUACACACACUAGCCACGAGUUUUUUGCAGUGAACAGAUAUACUAAGAUUGACACAUGGUGUAAUGAAAUGGACAAAUUCUGUAGAGUAGACCCAGUGAGUAUGUGAAUUUUUUUUAUGAGGAAAAUACAUUUUUGAUUAAAAUCAAAAUAGUUUUUGGCUUGUGGGUUUUUUUGUUUGUUUGUUUGUUUGUUUGUUUUUUAAAAAAAGUCUGGGAGCUCUUGCCUGACAAUAAACAAACUCAUUCUAACAUCUGAUAAAAUAUGUCAUUACAUGUUCUCCUGUUAAAAUGCCAAUCUGAGCACACAGGAUAUUUUUGCUGGUUUUAGGCUGUAUAACUGCAAUAAAACACACAAUAAACAUUUUUAUAAACUACUUACCCAUAAUAAUAACAACCAUAUUUUUCACGCUGCUUGUUGUGGGAGGAAGAAGAGAGAAGGGUGGGAAGGAGUCAUAAGGCUGAUAGGAAAUUGAUUGUUAGCUACUGAUAACAGCAAGUCUUGAGCUGCUUUAGUAUUUUCCCAGAAGCCUGAAAACUGAAUGCAAUGUUUAGACUCAGAUAAUAUAAAUCCAAUAUUUUGUCUUCAGUCAAAAGGGUAAUUCAGUUAUUAUUAAUGUCCAAAGUCUAGGCUGGCCACACAGAGACCUCAGAUAGCUUGAACAGUUUAAAUGAUAUUAAGGCUUUCUUUCUGGACUUGCACACUUCUGUUCAACAAUAACAACAACUGACUAGUUUAUAAACCUCCUCAGCUUUCACAAUGUAACAAGCAAUAAAUGACUGACAGAAACAUUAUUAGUAGAAAUGAAUUGAAACAAAAUGAAAAGAGAACAAUAAAAACCUGACUACUCAUAUUGAAGCUAAAGUUCUCAUGGGAGUAGGACUGGGCCCAUAAGUAGCAAAUGUGCACAAGAAGCUGCUGAUCAGAAUGUUGAUUACAAGCUAAACCAAAUUUUGUUAGGAUGGCAAAAGGGACUACUCCUAAGCCCAGUAAAGAAAAGACAUUUGACCAUUAAAAUACACAAUGAAAAGACGUGGUACCUCCUGACAAAGAAAGCAACAGCAAAAUUUUUGUUAUUUUGGUUCACAUAUAAGAAAACAAACAGGAAGAAUGAAGAAAAAAAACUGGUUAUUUCUGAAUAUUGUGCUUAAGGAAUAUUCAUAGAAUGCAUAGGUAGCUUGAAUUACAAAGCAAAAUAGGAGUAAUAAACAUUUCUUGUAAGUCUUUAGUAGACUUUAACAUUUUUUAAACUCUGUAAUAAUAUCCACAUUAUCUUUCCAGACUUGGUUGAAGUAAACAUUUCUGCUGAAUCGCUGACAGAAUUUUUGUAGGUAGAAGAAGAGUUACUUCUGUAUUUAGACAUUAACAGAAGAGUUACUUCUUGUACUCAGACAUAAACUUUUUUCACUUAUUUAUAGUUUGCUGCAUACUUUCAAAAUGUUAUUGGUCUAUAAACACUUACAACAUGGAAAAACAAUUUAAUUUUACCUAGUAGUAAUAAAUAAUUUGCUUCCAUGUUAAAGAUGUAAUUUUUCUAGUUAAAUCCCAGGAUUUUUAAAUUAUGUAGAGAUGAUUGUCGAAGUUGUUGAAGGCAGAAAGAAGAACCUAAUACUCAUUUCAAACUACCAAAACUUAGAAUAUUCAUAGAGUCUAUAUGUUUCACUGAAGAAGGAAGUUUACAAACCUGAGGAAUGGCCAUCGCACGUAAAGGCACAGUGAAGCGGAGCAGAGAAAUGCUGCGAUGGCAUGACAGGUUUCAGCACCACGGACAGCGCUUCCGGAGCGGAGCUGCUCCGCGAGAAACGGGGUGGCUCAAAUGGGACCCGUCACCAAGCAGAUAUUGGACUUGUCAGCAAGAACUUCAAGGUAUAUCAUGUAUGUCCACCUUUGGAAUCAAGCUACAUUUCGAACUUACAACUCUUAGAGCUUAGAAAUGAGAAUCUAAUUUAUUUUUUUUUUCCAGGCAAAAACAUCUCCACACAACGUUAUAAAACAGCACACAAAUAAAAGUCUAAUGGGGAGCACUGAUAAGAAGACAUUUUCCCUUCAGAGAAU